ACACUCCCGAAACUUCGCUCGCAGCCUCGAGCGGCUCCUACGGACCCAGACGAGCUACUCCAUCUCAUGAUUCGUGCCACAUUAGGAACGACGACGACUGAGUCGCUCAAGUGGGACAAGAGGAAGGGGAGCUACGUAUGGGCAGGCGGGACGGGACGGACUGAGGGUCUCAGCAGAGUCGCUUCUUCCGGGGCUGUUUCUGACUUCUUGGAGAUAGCGACCUCCCUACGGAGACUAGAUGAGCUCCUGGACCGUCAAAGCAAAUACCCACUCACUCCGACGCAUCAUGCCCUCUUCAACGCGGUCUCGACCUACCUCUCAUUCAUCAAGAACCGCCUCUCCGCCGCGAUCGGAGAGAGCGAGCAAGAGGCGGUAUCGGGGUGGAUCAAGUGGAAGGCGGCUCUCCGGGACGUGAGGGAAUUACUGGGCGUCUUGCUCGAGAUCAUGGGCUGGCCUGUCUCAGAACCCUCGUCCGGCUCAAUACCGUCCAGAGCCUCCGCACUCCUCAGCCAUCUUUACUCGCACCUCCUCGCGCAUUUCCAGACCUCUUCCCCAGGGUCUCCCGCUUCGCAAACGGUCCUCUGCCUCGCGUACCUCCUUCAGUCCUCCUCCGCGCCAUUUCUAUGCUGUCUGCAUGCUUGGGUAGGCCUCUCCGACUCGCCAGCCGAAACGGCCUCUGGAGAUCCGGCAGACCAACCCUGGUCUGAUCUGGGCAUUACUAGGCUACCACGGAAAGGCCCCAACGUCGCAGCAGAAGAUGUGCGCUGGGAGUAUGAGUUCUCAAGCAAGCGGAUGCCGGCAUUUAUACCCAAGGAUGUCAGGCGGAAGUUGUUUGAAUCGGGAAGGAGUCUGCGAUUAUUCAGGGAAGCGAACGGGGAGCAUCCGCUUGCGGGCGGUAGCUGGGGGCUGGAAGGUAGCUGGGGCUGGGGAUCAGAUUUCAAUGAUGUACAUGCGGAAGUCAAAGCUCAUCUGAGGCGGAUCGAAAAGGAGACGGAAGGGUGGAGGCGAUCAAUACGGGAGAGAUCGAGACCACCCUCCGGGAGCUCGGGCUGGAAGGGCUCAAGAAUCGGAAAGAAGCAACGGAAACGGAUCCCAGCGGACUUCUUCGGUGCUGCUUCCUCGUCAAGCACGCUAGCGGGCCUCUCCGACCCGAAGGCAGACCCGUCGCCCCCGGUGGGGAUCGACAGCAACUUCUCGCUCGUACCGAACACAACGACCAACGUCGAGCGUCAACUAUCCGACUUCCUCUCACUUCUCAAUCUCACCCCUGGUUCGCAAGCCCCAGCCCAACCCGCCUCAAUAUGGUCCUCCACCCCACUCGACGCCCUCCAUUCCUUCCUCACGUAUCAUACGACGCGCCCACUCCUUCCUGACCUAUACCCCACCUUCCCCCUCUUCAUCUCCCACCACCUUCUCGCGCCCCUCUUGGCGCACGCCGAGCUCGUCUCGGCCGCUCUGGUCUCGCUCUACCUGGACGAUAUGGGGUACCUGGACCAUUUGGAUAUACUCUACUCGUUCUGGUUAGGCGGUGACGUGGGGUUCUUUGAGCGCGUCAGUGGCGCGUUGUUCGGGAAGGAGGAUCAGGAAGUGGGGCAUGUGGCAGGGAUGGGUCGGCGAGCCCGGACGAGGGCGCGGAUGGGUCUUGGAGCGGCUGGAGGAGAUCCUGGGGGAGGAGAGACCGGUGAAGAAGCAGGAGAAUGGGGUAUCGCGCUAGGUGUGGGCCUGAGCGACCGGCAGAGAUGGCCGCCUGGAGGGGCGGAGCUGGCUUAUGCGCUCCGGACGACGCUGGUAGAUGAUCUCGGGGGACAUACUGGCGCGAAGAGGGAUGGAACGGCAUGGGAAGAGGUGGAGGAUAGGGUCUCGUUCGCGAUCAGGCCAUUGCCGGAGGAUGAGGGCGGAGUACGGGCGAAAUGGAUGGAUCCGCAGUCUAUCGAAGCCCUUGACUUUUUGUACCUCGCCUACUCGCCCCCAGUGGCCAUGUCGGUCAUCCUCCCUCGUGGCAUUCUUGCGAAAUACCAAACCAUCCACAACUUCCUCCUCCGCCUCUGCCGGGUCAACGCGGUGGUCCGAUCCAUGUACUCCGAUCUCCAUAAGCCUGCUCUGGACGAUACCCCGGGAGACGCGCCGAAGAAGUCCGGGGUCGACAUCCCGCGGACGAAAGCGCAGGUCCGGGCGACACAUCGCCUCAGGCCCCAGAGACGGACGAUACUCUCCGCGGAGCCAGAGUUGGAAAAGACGAUCCUCCGCCUCCGUUUCGGGAUGAGCCAUUUCGUUUCGGCCUUGAUGCGGUAUAUCGUCGACUCGGCCAUCGGGGUCAACUUUGAUCGGAUGCGCAGGCGGUUGGAGAGGCUAAAGCGGAAGGAUCGCGCGGGCGAUACCAGGCCGGACAUGCUGGACGAUGAUGGGUAUUCGGACUUUGCGCCUCAGGCCAGCAAUGAUGUCGAGGAGGCAGAUGGGCAGGAGGAGGAUUCGGGAUCGAUCUAUCAGCUCAAAUCGGUCCAUUCGCUUGUCGGGUACCACCACCUCACCCUGGACCGGAUCAUGCGCGCUUCCCUGCUGUCGCCUGCGGCGGGUUAUGAUGUGGCCUUCAAGCUGCUCAUGCGCUUGUUUGGGCUGAUUUUGGAUCUGGGAAAGGUGGUCAAGGAGGUGGAGAGGCGGAUGCUCGAGCCUGCACAGGCAAGGGAGAGGGUGAUGGUCAUCAAGAAGGAAUGGGAGGAGAAGGAGAGGGUCUUUAUACUAGCGGUCGAGCGGCUCUCACAGAAGUCGGACAAGCGACAUGGAAUGGUGGAAGGCGAAGGGGAAGACGGAGCGAGGGAUAUGGAGGUCCUGGAUGAGGGAGAUGGGCAGUCUGGGCAUGUGAGCGGGCUGGCGGAGCUGCUGUCAAGGCUGAAAUUGGGGUAUGGGGAUGAUGCGGUGAGGACGGGAAGGUGGAAUGAGGGUAUCUGA